AUUGUACUUUUUUAAAGGGGUGUACAAUUAUACAUACUACAAAGCAGCUAGUAUAUACAUUUUACCCAUCAACUAUACCCACAGUAGCAGACACCAAACAUGUUAACGAAACCGACCGUGAUCCGGUGGUUGCUGGUGGCGUUACUGGUGGUUUACCGCAUCGAAGAAGCUGAAUCCGGUGGCUCCGAUCACAAGUACAAACCUAACGAUGAAGUCCCUAUUUACGCCAACAAAGUCGGCCCCUUUCAUAACCCUAGUGAAACAUACCGAUUCUUUGAUCUACCAUUCUGUUUACCAGCUCAUAUAAAGGAGAAACCGGAAGCUCUUGGCGAAAUACUGGGCGGAGAUCGUUUAGUCAGUGCUCCUUAUAAGCUUCCGUUCAUGGUCGAAAAGGACUCAGAAAUCGUUUGCAGAAAAAGAUUAACGAAAAAGGACGUAUCCAAAUUCCGAAGUGCGGUUGCCAAAGAUUACUAUUUCCAAAUGUACUAUGACGACUUGCCUUUCUGGGGAUUUCUCGGGAAGGUUGAAAAGGACAAAACCGACCCUAGUGAAGAAAAGUAUUACUUGUUUAAGCAUCUUCACUUUGAGAUCCGUUACAAUAAAGAUCACGUGAUAGAGAUUAACGCAAAAGCCGAUCCUAGUGCUGUCGUGGAUCUUACUGAAGAUAAGGAAGUUGAGGUGGAGUUUAUGUAUUCGGUGAAGUGGAAAGAAACGGAUGUUCCGUUUGAGACUAGGUUGGAGAAAUAUUCGCAGUCUCUUUCGCAACCGCAUCACCUCGAGAUUCAUUGGUUUUCGAUUAUUAACUCGUGUGUGACGGUUCUUCUCUUAACUGGUUUCCUUGCCACUAUUCUUAUGCGGGUCCUCAAGAAUGAUUUUGUCAAGUAUGCUCAUGAUGAAGAGGCGGCUGAUGACCUAGAGGAAACUGGAUGGAAGUACAUUCACGGUGAUGUUUUCCGGUACCCGAAGUACAAGUCCCUGUUUGCUGCUGCCCUUGGUUCUGGUACCCAGCUGUUUUCCCUGGCACUUUUUAUCUUCGGGCUGGCUCUUGUUGGCGUGUUUUAUCCAUAUAACCGAGGAGCUCUGUUUACAGCACUGGUUGUCAUAUACGCUCUUACUUCUGGCAUCGCAGGCUACACUGCAGCCUCCUUUUAUCACCAGCUAGAAGGAACUAACUGGGUGAGGAACUUACUGUUGACUGGCUGCUUGUUUUGUGGACCCCUCUUUCUCACUUUCUGCUUUCUAAACACUGUUGCAAUCGCAUAUACCGCUACUGCCGCACUCCCCUUCGGUACAAUUGUUGUGAUUGUUUUAAUAUGGACAUUGGUGACAUCACCAUUGCUAGUAUUGGGUGGUAUCGCUGGAAAGAACAGCAAGGCUGAGUUUCAGGCACCGGUUCGCACUACGAAGUUUCCGAGAGAGAUCCCGCCUUUGCCUUGGUACCGCAAAACCGUCCCUCAGAUGGCCAUGGCUGGUUUUCUUCCGUUCAGUGCGAUCUACAUCGAGCUUUACUACAUCUUUGCUAGCGUGUGGGGCCACAGGAUUUACACCAUUUACAGUAUCUUAUUUAUCGUUUUUAUCAUCCUCCUCAUCGUUACCGCCUUUAUCACUGUCGCGUUGACUUAUUUCCAGCUUGCUGCUGAAGACCAUGAAUGGUGGUGGAGGUCUUUCCUUUGUGGUGGGUCAACGGGUGUUUUCAUCUACGGGUAUUGCUUGUAUUACUAUUAUGAACGGUCUGACAUGUCGGGAUUCAUGCAAACAUCGUUUUUCUUUGGUUACAUGGCUUGCAUCUGUUAUGGUUUCUUUCUCAUGCUUGGGAUGGUUGGUUUUCGUGCGGCUUUGUUUUUUGUUCGCCACAUGUACCGUUCAAUCAAGUGUGAAUAGAAGUUUAAUGUUGAAUCUUAAAUGCUCAAGAAGGAGUUGCUGCCGCCAAGCUGAUCUUGUUGCUUCGUCGUCCAGGGUGAAGCGCUGAUGAAAUUUGUGAAAACCAGUUUACAUGUUGAUCGAUGUUUUUGUAUACCGGUUUAUGUUUGUUUUUUUUUUUUUUUUUUCUGAGUUAAUAGGAAGUAAAUUCUAACAUACCUAGUCAAUUUUGAGCAUAAAUACAUUAUCUUUUAAUUUAUAACA